CCCGUCACAAUGACUCUCCAGUGGACUGCUGUGGCUUUCUUCCUCUAUGCGGAGAUAGCAGUCAACCUCAUCUUGUGUAUACCCUUCAUAUCAGCACGGAGAUGGUGUUCAGUUUUCAGUUGGAGAAUAUGGAACUGGUUAUCUCCAUAUUGGAACAAAGGCUUUUUCACCAUGAUCAUGGUCCUUAUUGUACUUUUCCUCGAUGCUGUCCGUGAGGUGCAGAAGUACUCGGGUCCUGAGCCCAUGCACGAUGCCAAGGUGAACCCAAAUUUGUACGACAAUGUCCACAUGAAGCUGUUCAGAGCCCAGAGGAACCUCUACAUAUCUGGCUUCUCUCUCUUCCUCUGUCUUAUUAUGCGUCGGAUUGUCACCUUGCUAAACCAGGUGGCCGUCACGGUGGAGAACAGUGCAGGUCUUCAGGCCCAGAUGGACAGUGCUGUCAAAGCAGCCAAGCGGCACCAGGACGACAACGUGAUGCUCACACAAGCUCUCCUGGAUGAGGAAAAAGCCAUGUCAGUGAAAAACCAGCAACUGAAGCUGGAAGCUGAGAAGCUGGCAGAUCAAGUGAAGGUUGCUGGGGAGGCUGUGCGCAAGUCUCAUGCCGAAGCGGAGGCCAUGAGGAGGCAGGCCAAAGGUUUGGCACAAGAGUAUGACAGACUAUUGACAGAACAUCAUCAACUCCAGAAUCCUCAGAGUCCUGCAGACAAAAAGGAUCAGUAA